CACGCAAUCCCGGUGUGGUGAAACGCUUUCACUUGUGACUGCCGUGUUAGAGUCUUGUUAGAAGUUGUUCACAUUAACUGCGAGAAUUGAAGACGGCCGGUACUAAGUCAAUGGACAGUCUGUCCACAAACACCAUCACAGAUCAGGACAUCAGAGUUUUCCAAGAAGACGGAGUGAUCUGUUUACGAAAUGUGUUCAGCCAGAAGUGGAUUGACAUAUUGCGAAGAGGAAUUGAAUUCAAUCGACUCCACCCUUCUGAAAUGGCAAGGCGAAAGGGCCACACCCCUCUCUUCUUUCACGACUAUGGAAACUGGGACAGCAUCCCCGAAUACAAAGAGUUUAUCUUCCAGUCACCCGUGGGAGAAAUAGCGGGGCGGCUUCUUCAGUCUUCGGUUGCGCUGUACUCCAAUCACGUUAUUGUUAAAGACAGUGGAUCAACCAAACAAACUCCUUGGCACCAAGAUCAAGCCUACUACGAGAUCGACGGACAGCAGGUGUGCUCUGUGUGGCUUCCGGUAGACCCAGUUUCCAAGCACACUUGUCUUCGCCUCGUGAAAGGUUCCCACGGUUCGCCUCAUUAUUUCAAACCUGUGCACUUUGAUGGCCCUCCAUUCACCCUUUACGAAAUAAAACCAGGAGACGAGGGGAAAGCAGAACAAUUUCUAUCGGCGCCAGAUAUUGAUGGAGAUCAACAGUUUCAAGUCUUGUCCUGGGAAAUGGAGCCCGGUGACUGCAUUGUUUUUCACAUGAGAACAGUUCAUGGUGCAUAUGGUAACAAUCUUUCGACUCCGCGGCGGGCAUUCUCCACAAGAUGGCUUGGAAACGACGCUGUGAAGGGACACAGGCCGUGGAUGAAUCUCCCACCAAGUAAAGGAAUGAAAGAUUUGAAACGAGGAGACAACCUUGUGGAGUCGGGUGCAUUCCCUGUUGUUUGGACCCUCGAGUAGAUAAAAGUCCACCUCACCCCGUAUUUCCCCUCGCUGCAGACAAUUUUUACAAAGUACAUAACUUAUGACUAAGAGGUCUCAGCAAAGGUUCCCAAAGUUCCUUGGGAGCCGUGAUCAUUAUUAUUAUAAGUAUUUCGAACGUAAGAUGACGAUACUUAUGACAAUACGAGAAUUUUGUUCUCAUGGAAGGCAUAAUGCUGUGAGGUGCCAAGUGAAAACAAAACUUGUAACUGAUCUGGAGGCUUUUUAAAGUGUUCUAUUGUAAAAAAAAAAGUCAUUAGCGGAAAAUAAAAGCUACAGUGGUGUACA